AUGUCCAUCGGUUUUUUGCCAACAGCCAUCGUGAGAAAUAACUUUGCAUUACUGCGCACAGAAAAUAGGACACGGCGAUUGUUUAGGAGAUAUCCAGGUUUGGUGGAGUUUUUCAACUACGUAUUCAACAACUACAUCAAUGGAAACUUUCCUGUAACUUUGUGGAAUGUGUACGAUCGUGCCAUGGAUUGCCGUACAAACAAUAACGCUGAAGGUAAUUGCAGUUGAUUUAUCAAUUAUUGUGAUUCGGUUUUCGCAUGAUAUGUAGAAUUAUCAAGCCGAAGUUUGUGUUAUCAACGUAGCCUAAGGUUGAGCUUAGUAACACGAACCGGAACAGAGGUCAUGAUAAUUCUCCAUAUCAAUAAUUGUUUUAUUAUUUAUUUAAAUGAUGGAACAGCCAAUAUAUUUACGUGUAUUCACAAUUCUUUAGUACUUCGACAGUCCUCAUGACGGCACUAUUUGUGUUUGAGAUGGCAGCAAAAAGACGAAAGUCUGAUAUCUCUAAAGUGAUUCUCAUUAAAAUCUUGUCGUUCAUAUGGGCGUGAUUGCUAAUGUGUUUCCAUGACAACCAUAUAAAAAUAACAAUUAUAUUGAAUCAACUCUGAGAUACAAACAGACUUUCAUGUUUUUGGUACCAUUCCAAGAACUACAAAAGUGGCAGCGUAACUCAAAACUCAAGACAUGAAAAACUGUAUAUAACUGCCUAUUUAUAUUCAUGCACGUUUGUCCACGUAUAUAUUACUUGCAAUUGUUCAAUUUAGUGGUUUUAUUAUUAAGGCUUUCAUCGCGCUUGGAACAACCGUGUGCAAGUGCGCCAUCCCAACUUGUGGAUCUUUAUAAGGCAUUUGAAGGAUCUUCAGGCUCAAACCAAUCAAGGCAUCCGUUCUAUGGAUAACGGUGGGCAACCCACACGAAGGCGUCGCCGCUGGCAACGGUUAGAAAAUCAACUUCAGAGAUUGAAGACCGACUACAUUAAUGGAGUCAGAGAUGUUCAGCGUUAUUGGAAUGCAGUAUCGUAUCUAGUAACUACAUUUUAG